AUUUUUUGCGUUACAUAUUUUCAAACAUGGGAGACGAUUCGCCAUCCCACCGAUCAUCAAAGUCUGACCGUCACAGAUACCGCGACAGGAGCAGGGACAAAUAUAAAGAUAGGAGCAGUGACCGUCACCGUCACCGAAGAAGCUCGCGGUCUCGCUCACCUUCCUCUAAGCACCACCGCUCCCACCGUGAAAGUAAACACAGAAGCAAGACUCCAAAGGCAUCCACCGAUCUGAACAAACUGCACGCCAGAAUCAUGAAAGCCAAGCUUCGUAAAUCUGCUGACCUGCCCGAACUCGAACGCCAGCUCGCCGAGGCUCUAGCAGGCGAGACAGAGUCCAGUGCCGGUUGCAGCACAGAAAAGGAUAAUGUUGUGGUGCUGCCGCGCACAGAUAGCAGCGGUCGGCUACUGAAUCUAGCUGCUGAUACGGGAUCGGAGGACUCCAUGUCGAUCAGGCAGAUGGCGCGUGCCGAACGCGAAAACGACGACGACCCUGCGGACAGGUUACUGGCGAAACAAAUCGUGGGCGACAGUGGGUUCUCAAACGACCUCGAGUAUAUGGACGAAAACAUUGAAAAAUUCACUAAGCAGGCCAAGGGAAAGUCUGCAGAGCAGAAGCGCCAAGCGGCUAUCCACGACUACAACCUCAUGGAGGCAGCGAUCAAUGCUUGCGAACUGUGCUUCAAGCAGUCGUCGCAGUCUGAUGGCUCGACACUACUGACACCGCCGCAGUUCCCAAUAAUAGCGCUGGGUACGCGCGUGUACCUGGCGCUGCCAAACCGCGAGCCGAUGAAUGAUGGGCAUUGCGUUAUUGCGCCGAUCGAGCACAGCUCUGGCAGCUCGUUAAAGUUGGACGACGAUACGUGGGACGAGAUUGGCAAUUUUAUGAAGUGCCUGAUGCGCAUGUUCAUGGAGAGGCGUAUGGGCGUGGUGUUCCUGGAAACUGUCAUGUCGACCACUAAGUCAACGCACUGCGUUAUCGAGUGCGUGCCAAUUCCGUUCAAGCACAUGGACGAUGUGCAUGUUGUAUUCCAGCAGGGCAUUCUUGGGAUCAGCGACGAGUGGAGCCAGCAUAGGAAGGUCAUCGAUACGUCGCUGAAGGCACAGGCCGUGCGACCGGAGAACGACAAUGUGACGGAUCAGGACCAGAACCACGAAGCAGCCAGGGCUGCAAUCAGGAGGGGCGGGUUCCGCAACACGAUGACAGCAAAGAUGCCGUACUUCCAUGUGUGGUUCGACCCGAAAGGUGGGCUGGGCCAUGUAAUUGAGAGCCCAGAGACAUUCCCGCCGUGGUUUGGCCGCGAGGUGGUUGCAGGGAUAUUGGACCUCCCGCCGAGCGUGUACCGCAAGCCACGUCGGCUCAGAGAAUCGCGCGACCAGCGGCUCCAGCGCGCCGACGAGUGGAAGAAGCAGUUUGGGUGGGACAAGUACGACUGGACAAAGAUGCUGGAAUAGUGUUGAACCGAGUUUAUUUAAAAUGCAAUCUAUUUGUCU